AACGGAAAAAAGUCAUUUACUUCGCUCUCCGACAAAUCAUUCGUACACAGAUAUUCGUUGAGUGAAUAAGUGCGUUACAUCGUUGUCUGACAUCGUGUUUUAAAAUAAAUGCGUAUUUCUAAGGUCGUUCGCAAUUAUUAAAUCAGUGAAAAUGCGACCGGUAACUUGUGGAAUAGUGAUUGCAUUUUUGGCAUUUACUGUAAAUGGAUAUGACGAUCCAAUAUCGAUCCUGGGAAGGAUACGAUGGAAUUAUACCCAAUUUGAAGAUAAUUUGUGGACGCGUCAAUACAAAAACACGACUUUAAAUGAAAUUUAUGUCAAACAUAGUGAAUUUUUUACAGCAAUAAAUAAUGUGUAUAAUGGUAGCGAAUGUUUCUAUCCAACGUUUAAUGCAACGACAGUGAAAAAAGGUACACCGGUUGAUAUAAUAAAUCCAUAUCAUGUGCCAGAGAUUGCAAGUGUCAUUCAAUCCAAUGCUGAUAUCGAAGAAUACUGGUCAAAAUUUGCUAAUUGGUCAACAGUGAAUGCAUCAAAUAUGUUGGAAGUGUUGACAGAUGAUGCGAUACCAAUAUUACAAAACUCAUUGGACACAUUGUGGAAUUCGUCAAAUACGGACGUGUAUUUUGACUUUCUAAAAAAUACAUCAGAAUCAUGCACUGACAUCGAUGAACCACAGAUUGCUGUUUAUAAAUUGGUGGAAAAAUAUUUCUUCAAUACCAUCGUUCUUCAUUUAAAGGCUUACGUCAUGUUACAACUUUCAUAUCUGACCGGAGCGGCAAAGGAUUUCUUACAUUUUCACAAGACUGCACGAGAUCAUCGUGUUGCAUUCAAUUCACAGUAUGUGAAUGUUACGUUGCAGACCGAGAAUUUAAUGUGGAAUUUGAGCCGAAUCAUUUGGUCUUGUGACAAAUUCAGCUCAAAUGAAUCGUACACACAAUUAACAAACUUUAUACAAGGCUAUGUCGACAAUGAAAUUAAUAUGAACGCGGACGGAUCUUGCGCACCAUACUGCGAUGAUUUUAAAUCGACCAAAAAUUACGGAUGUAAAGAAGGCACACUAUGCGCCACAAAUUAUUUAGAUCACAAUAAAACCAGAUGCCUCGGUACAAUACGAGACUGCGACUAUUUUGGACCAAUGUUUUCUAUUUGCCCUAAUGAGAAUGAUUUAGAUAUAAAUCGUCGUAUAAAUUUCGUACAAUUUGCAUCUGGCAAAAUUUUGGGAGAAGAGAAAUUGCCGUGUGAUUUCUUUGAUGCGAAGCCAUUUAUGUCUUGGCUCACCACCUGUAGAUAUUGUUUCUGUUAUUGUGAUGCGCCUGGCCCAAGAUCGGAUCGUCACUUUAGCUUGCGAGAUGUUAUUUCAAAUGUCGCCGAGAACAAAGUAAUUUCGGGUAUACGAAUCAUGAAGAAAAAUGGCAUAAUACAUUUGGAAGCGAGCGAGCGAACAUUAUUACCAAAAAAUGAGCUAGAUCCGAAUACCAAAUCCAUAGUUUCUAAUAACAACUUCACCAUUAACGAUCCAAAUGUAGUUGAAAAUACUGAUUACUUCACCAUGACUUACGAUAAUCGAAUAUUAAAUCUGGACACAAUUGUAGCGAAAGGAGAUGAAAUUGUGACUGGUGUUCGGUUUCGUGUUGCAGCUGGCAGUGUUUAUCUUGAAGUUCGUUUUACAUACUAUGAUGAGGUCACUGGAAAGCUGGAUUUAACUACGGACAGCGAAUGGAAAAUGAACUUGAAUACAAAUCGUACAACGAUUUCAACGGAACACAGUGAUGUUCCAACAAAAUUACAAACACAAUCGAUAGCAAUGGGUAGUGAUGAUACGGAUGCGGUUCGAUUUGUACCGACAUCAUGGGUCAAAGAUAUGGCACAAUCAACAGUUCCAUUCAUUGAUUCAAAUUUGAUUGAACCAUCGGAAUUGGCCCCACUCAGUGGCGUCGGGAUAUUUUACAAAUAUCAAAAAGGGUACGGUGGUUUUGUUGCACCACGUCUCAUUACGCGAGAUCAUUCUGCGGCUGUAAUGCGUAUUCGUGGAGCCGUCGGUGUUUAUGGUGUUUAAUAUUGCAAGCAAACAAAUUGUUUAUUUCCUUACAUCGAGAAAGGAUAGUUUUUUACACUUAUUAUAAAUUUUCUAACAAUAAACACUCAAAAUGCUAUUUGAUUGAUCGAAAAUUGUACAUGAUAAUUUAUUUAGCGAAAAUAAAAUCAAUUCGUUUGUUUUUUCUUUGAAAAUUGA